AUGAGGUGGCCAGUGUUGCUUUUGUUCAUCUACCAAGCUUCAAGCUUUGCGAUCACGCCAGUGUUGGUUGGGAGGGAGGAAAUAUUGACUGCAACAAUCUCAACUUCAUCACCAAUUACUCCCUCUGCUGUAGUUCAUACGACAACUACAACAAGUAUCACUGUCACUCAACACCAAUUGCCAUUGUCAGCACUCGUUACUAUUGCGCCACUCUUGCCAAACCCUCUCGAGCGAAGGCAGAGGUGCUUCAAUGAUCAAGGCUUCAGUGUUGAUUGCGCGACGUGGACCGGGUACUACUACACUUGGGGUCCUCCUGGUAAUCCCUAUUUAGGAGGCCCGGGUGAAGGUGGUGGAGGCUCCGGUGGGAACGGGGGCGGUGGAGGAACCGUUGUGGUUUACAGCAAUGAGGGCUACCUGGGACUGGUGAACCUGCCCGCAAUCCUUGGGGUCAUGUGCCUCACCUUACUCCUCUUCAUUUAG